AAAUAUUUUGGUGCUUUUGCAUCUUGACAGUUAAAUCGUGAAAAGUACCAAGUUUGCCACCUGAUUUUAUUUUGAAACUCGCAUCGCUCAACAUCCGGCGUUGGCCUCGUUUAGCUUGGCCGCCUCCAGUUUAUCCCGUCCCUUGAUCAGUGUCUCGGGAUCCAUUGAACAGCCUGGCCCGGGCCAACACGAAGCGUAGACCGGGGGCUCAGUCUGUCUUCUGUCGCUGUCAGACACCUUGAAACGAUCACUGCCGUUGUCCAGACCUCCGGGGCGGCAUUAACAGUCCGUCCGUUAAAUUUCCCUUGCCGUGUCCGCUCGCUCCGAAUGAGACGUUCGAGGAGCGACAGACAAACGUGUGCCAGGCUGGUGGCGAAGCGAGGACUACCGCAGCCUUGCGUCAAAGCCAGCUAAAGCUAAACCGUGUUAGGACAAGUCAGCAGGAAAGACGGGUAAUAGCCACGUUACCUCUGUAGCUAGCCAGCCAGCAGACAGGUUAUUUUUGGCACGGUUGCUGGCGUACACAUGCUUCGCUCGUGUGAGCUAACCCAACAUCUGUGCAAAUCUGUCGGUGUUGGCGGUUUCAUUAGACAUACAGCUAGUCUUGACACGGUAUCAGGCGUCGGUGUUUCCACUGAAUAGCUACAUGAAACCACAAGAUUUCAAGCCAAGGUAAAGCUACGAAAUUUCAGUUAAUUGCGUAACAUCUUGUUGAAUCGAAGACGGGUCCCCAUAGCUAACAUAUGAGGCCCAGCUGAAAAGAUGGACCUGAAUUUUUACUCGGACUUGACGGACGGUACCGGGCAGCACGACGGUGAUCCGGAGUUCUUGGAUCCGCAGUCUUUCAAUGGAUUUGACUCGGACAACAAGUUCCCUGGAGGCAGUGACAACUAUCUGACAAUUUCAGGGUCCGGCCAUCCCUUCCUCUCCUCUUCAGAGACCUUCCACACACCCAGCCUCGGCGAUGAGGAGUUCGAGAUCCCUCCCAUCUCUUUGGACCCGGACUCGGCCCUCACCGUGUCAGAUGUGGUUUCCCAUUUCGGGGAGCUGUCGGACACCGGUCCCUCCGACAGCGUGGUGGUACCCGGGAACGCCGUGGUCGAAGGGGACGACCCCUCGUUCGCCUCCACUUUCGUGAACGCCCCCUCACAGGGCCUGGAGCACCUGAGUCUCGGGGUCAUGAACCAGUCAGGAGGAAGUGCUCUGCUGGGGUCGUCACUGGGAAUGGAUCUCGGCCAUCCCAUCGGCUCUCAGUUCAGCAGCUCGUCUCCAGUGACCAUCGACGUCCCGCUGGGUGACAUGAGCCAGGGCUUGCUGGGGUCCAACCAGCUGACCACUAUCGACCAGUCAGAGCUCAGUGCUCAGCUGGGGCUCGGAUUGGGAGGCGGCAAUAUAUUACAACGCCCCCAGUCACCUGAACAACCUCUGUCAGCCACGGCGUCGCCCACCAGCUCGCUCCAGGACGAUGACAUGGAUGAUUUUAGAAGGAGCGUCCUCGUCGAAUCUCCGGUCUCAAUGGCCGUCUCUCCAGGUGUCAUCUCCCUCGAUCCCUCUCUGUCCGAGUCUUCGCUCUCCGCCCCGACUUCCAGCGUCUCUCCAGCUGUUGGACGGAAAGGAGGAGCAGGAGGAGGGAAGAAGGGGAAGAAGAAGAAGGACCCCAAUGAGCCUCAGAAACCUGUGUCGGCCUACGCGUUGUUCUUCAGGGACACACAGGCAGCUAUUAAAGGACAAAAUCCCAAUGCUACGUUUGGAGAAGUUUCUAAGAUAGUGGCUUCCAUGUGGGACAGUCUUGGGGAGGAGCAGAAACAGGUUUACAAGAGGAAAAACGAAGCGGCAAAAAAGGAUUACUUGAAAGCGCUGGCAGAGUACAGAGCCAGCCAGAUUUCUCAGGCCCCCAUUGAAGUCAUGGACACUGCCCCGUCGCCUCCACCCCCAUCCCCAGCUCCUGCAGUAGCAGCCACACCUGCCGCCACCCCGGCCGCUCGUCCCACCAGGUCCCAGCAUUACAACCCCGAGGAGAACACCAUCACCAACAUCUGUACCUCCAACAUCAUCCUGGACCUGCCCCAGGUCACCACACGCUCCCGCACCGGCGCCAUCAAACCCCAGCCUCCGCCGGCCACCGCCGCCCCGAACCCCCCUACUGUCACCAAGAUCAUCAUCAAACAGACGCAGCUGCCCUCUGGAGGCGUAUCCGUCACAGCGACGCCCGCCUCCUCGCCACGGCAGCCGCCUCCACUGCAGCAGAUGCAGAGCACCCCUCCUCCACCUCGGCUGCAGCAGAUGGUACACGCCCAGGCUCCUCCACCUCUGCAGGCCAAACCGAGAGGUGGAGGCGCGGCCGCUGCCACGGCUCCUCCUCCGCUGCAGAUUAAAGUUGUUCCAUCGUCACGCCAGUCGGAUUCAGGUACGCCGAUAAUCGUGUCAUCGGCCGGUGAAACACCUACGUCAGUGUCCUCCUCCUCCUCCGCUCUGACAGUGGAGGUGGGACAGUCAGGCGCUGUGGGGACGGGAGUACAGGAAGUGGCCGAGGCAGAAGAAGGGAUGGAGGUGGAGGUGAAUGUCGCCCCCGGCCCGAGUGUGACCCCCGCCUCCAGCCCAAACAUUUGUGUGCGUGCCGGCUGCACCAACCCUGCCGUGGAGAGCAAAGACUGGGACAAGGAGUACUGUAGCAACGAGUGUGUCGCCACACACUGCAGAGAUGUGUUCAUGGCCUGGUGUGCAAUCCGAGGGCAGAACACCACCACCGUCACAUAGGAAAAAAAGACACAUCUGACGGACGAGUGCUACACGGAGAGAAAAAGGACAAAAGACAACACGCAAAAUGCAAAUGAACAGAAGAAUGAAUGAAUGAAUCAGUAGAUAAUAGCCAGAUCGGCCUCAGGUAUCGGCACAUAAUGGUUUGUUUCAUUGUGUCAUGUCAGAUGAGCAGACAGGCAAAAGGAAAGUAUUUAAAUGUGCUAUAAUAUACUUUCCUGUGGCUCUCUCGUCCUGUACAAAUGGCUCUCCAGAAGAAAAAAAAACAACAAUUAUUUGCAAAUAGUGGAGUGGGAAUGGCCACUCAUAACGAGAUGAAUGGAUGAAUAAUAAUAAGGAAGAAAGCAGAAGAAGAAACUAGAGACUUGGCUCUGCUGCUCCAGACGUUCCUGUUGAUCAUCUAUUGUGAAUUUAAAAUAUGGACUUGAUAAAAAAUAGAACAUUUUAUAUGUACUUAUGGUGUUUUUAAUUAUUUUGAAAAAGAAAAAAAGUGCAGGAAGGAAAUCAUGAUCUUGCAGAUGUAUUCAGUUCGUUUUGUUCAUUUCAAAAAUUCCACUUCAAAUGUGUAUGCUCUUCCCUUUACUGUUACACUGAGGAUUGAUCGAUGUGAAUGAAAUCAGAGAGGAGAGUAAUGUGUGGGUGCUUCGGUGUUGACGGGCCCGUGGCUACUUCAGAGAUUUAAACAACCAACAGGUGGGCAAAGCACAAACAGUCUUAAAGCUAAUUUGGAGUUGUACAAAAGGGUCAAAUGUUUCUAGGAAACCAGGUGGAAAUUAACCUGCCACCAGCCAAAUGCUGUUUGUCACCUUUGAAAACCACU